AUCUGAACUUCUCAGUGGCAGGCUAGCAGCAGUGAGAGGCGGUAGCAAUUAUCAUUAGCUUUGGUCGGGCUUUAACAGAAUGUAAAUGUUAGCGAAAACGAACAUUAUAAAUGCUUUUUACUUGUUUUAUUAAAUAUAUGUAAUCUUAGAGCAUAUGAUAUUCAAACGUGACAUAUGUGUUGAUCAUUUCAUUGUGCUUUUUCUCAUCUAGAUAUGUCUCUCGCAAGUUUACUGCCACAGCCAAGCCAAGUGGUUUGGGAUAGAGACGAUGAAGCACGCGAAGCAAAACUUCGCCAAAGGCCUGUUUCUGCUUUGGUCAAAGCAGUGGUAAGUGCACCACCUUAUGGUCAGAGAAAAGGAUGGAUCCCAAGAACAGAGGAAGAUUAUGGAGAUGGAGGUGCCUUUCCCGAAAUUCAUGUGGCUCAAUACCCUCUUGGUAUGGGGGCAAAAGGAAAAGAAACUACCAGCAAUGCUCUUGCUGUCCAACUUGAUUCGCAAGGAAAAGUGAAAUAUGAUUUAAUUGCUCGACAGGGACAUUCAAAAGACAAAAUAGUUUACAGCAAGUUAACAGACUUGUUACCAUCUGAAAUUUUAAGUGAAGAUGAUCCAAGUUUACAGAAGCCAUCGCAAGAAGUUGCUGAAGAAACAACAGAAAGAACCAAGAGGGCAUUGGAAAAAAUUAUUGAAAACAAAAUUGCUGCUGCUAUGCCUGUCAGACGUGCAGAAAAACAAGGUCCAGCUCAAUAUAUUAGAUACACACCAUCACAACAAGGUCAAAAUUUCAAUUCUGGUGCAAAACAAAGAGUAAUACGAAUGGUUGAAACACAAGUUGAUCCUAUGGAGCCACCAAAGUUCAAGAUAAACAAAAAAAUUCCAAGGGGACCUCCAUCUCCACCAGCACCAGUUAUGCAUUCUCCUACCAGAAAAGUAACAGUCAAAGAACAAAAAGAUUGGAAAAUUCCUCCAUGUAUAAGUAAUUGGAAAAAUGCAAAAGGUUACACAAUUCCGUUAGAUAAAAGAUUAGCUGCUGAUGGAAGAGGAUUGCAACAACUGCAUGUCAAUGAAAACUUUGCUAAAUUAGCUGAAGCUUUGUACAUUGCUGAUCGAAAAGCUAGAGAGGCUGUUGAAAUGAGGGCACAAGUGGAAAAGAAAUUAGCUCAAAAAGAAAAAGAAAAGAAAGAAGAUCAUUUAAGACAACUUGCUCAGAAAGCCAGAGAAGAACGUGCAGGAUUGAGAACAGCUGCUGCUUUAGAUAAAAGCGAGGAUAUCCGCGAGCGAGAACAACUGCGGCAGGAACGACACAAAGAUCGCGCUCGUGAACGCAAUUUAGCAAGAGCUGCUCCAGAUAAGAGAUCAAGACUACAAAGGGAAAGGGAAAGAGAUAUUAGUGAGCAGAUAGCACUUGGCAUGCCAGCUAAGAAUACCAAUAUGACUGGAGAUCAAGCAUUUGAUCAAAGGCUUUUCAACACAACUAAGGGUAUGGACAGUGGUUAUGCUCAUGACGAUGAGUAUAAUGUGUAUGACCAACCUUGGAGAAAUAACAGUUCUAUUGGAUCACAAAUUUAUCGACCAAAUAAAAACAUAGAUCAAGAUGCUUAUGGAGAUGACUUAGAAAAAUUGAAAACCACAAGCAGAUUUGUACCUGAUAAGGAAUUCAGUGGUACAGAUAGAACUGGAGCAGCUCGUUCUGGUCCUGUACAGUUUGAGAAAGAAGAAGAAGAUCCAUUUGGUUUGGAUCGAUUUUUGAAAGAAGCUAAAACUGCUAGUGGUAGUACUACAGCAAAACGAAAAGAAGAGCCUAAAAAGGAUGAUAAAGAUGCAAAACGUCGAAAGCAUUAAAUUAUUUUAAGUUUUUAAGUUUCUGUAUGUAAUUACAGAUUAAAUAGGUCUUUAAAUUAUAAAUUGUAAUUCAUACAAUUUAUUAAAAUAUGUUAAGAUAUUAAGAUAUCUAAGAUAUAAAUGGUUUGUCUUUUUUUGUUUGGUUAUCAUAAGAAUACCAAUUUAAAUAUCAUUAUACAUUCACUUUCAUGUUUGAAAUGAAAUUGCAAUAUCUCAUAGUAAAAAUUGGAUAAAAUUAUGAUAAAAUGUAAAUUUUAUAGAAAUAUAUGUUG